AUGAAGGAAGACAUGCAUGUUAUCGUGGUAGGCGCCGGCAUUACGGGGCUUCUCAUCUGCCAAGGGCUGAAGAAACUGGGUGUACGGUAUUCGAUUUUCGAAAAGGAAGUGGCCCUCAACUACCGGAGCAAUGAAUGGACAAUGGCGAUACAUUGGGCUAUGCCGAUGCUCAAAGAGCUCCUGCCGGCUGAGUUGUAUGCCAAAAUCCCUGCCGUGUCUUGCAACCCCGCGGCUGGGAUACAUUCGGGGCUCUAUCCCAUCAUCCACGCCGAGACUGGAGAUAUGAUGAUCGGCGUGCCAUUUGAGGAUGGUCUCCGUGUUCCACGCAGCCGCAUGCGAGCUCUCUGUGCAGAGGGCAUUGACGUCCAGUAUGGGAGAUCCCUCGUAGAUGUGACUUGCAAUGGCGGCGACAACGGAGUGACCGCAACCUUUUCUGACGGCUCGAUUGUCUGUGCAACCAUGAUCGUUGGGGCCGAUGGAUCAAAGUCUCGGCUUCGUGAGAUCCUGAUGGGCAGCCCCGAAAAAGCUGCCGUGACCAAGUUCCCAAUAUUCCAUACCAACAUGACCGUCUGCUAUGGCGAUGAAGCCAAAGCCAGAUAUGUGCGACAAAGAUUUCCAACCAGCUACUUGGCGCUGAGCCAAAAGUCGUACCACGCAUUUCAGUCGAUCUCGGGAAUGCCAGACGGGCCCGAUCACCCAGAGACUUGGACCUUCCAUAUGGCCAUGGCCUGGCUUGGAGAGAACGACAACACCAUGACUUACUCGGAACGACUAGCCCUCAUCAAAUCCAACGCCAAAGACUUCGGUGAACCCGCUCGAUCGGCUUUCAUGUGGCUGCCUGAUGACACUGAGGUACACAAAGCAGAUAUUAGCUAUUGGAUCAGUCAGCCCUGGAACAAUCAUCAGGGUCGUAUGACGUUGGCUGGAGACGCGGCACACCCAAUGCCUCCUUAUCGAGGUCAGGGGUUGAACCACUGUAUUUGCGACAUUUCGCACCUGAUGGACCACUUGAAAGAUGUGCUCCAUGAUAGGACAACUCUCAGCAGCGCCGUCGCCGCAUACGAAGCGGAAAUGAUUCCUCGGGGAUCGGAAGAGGUCAGUGCCUCGGUGGAGAACGGCUUGAUGCUUCAUGAUUGGAAAAGGGUCCAGGAAAGUCCCGUGUUCAAGCGUGGCUUCAAACCAAUGGAUGGCCACAGCAAAAUCGAGGCAAAUUUGGCAGCUGCAAAGGCAUAG